AUGUACAUUGAUUGUGGCCGUGGAUACAGGACAGUGGUCAACGAACCAAUACAAAAUAGUCCAGAAUUCGUGCUGACCACCGCUAAUUCAACAGAGCGACGAUCCCGUCGUAUGUUCAUGUUCCUCUUUGGAGACGAGGGAUGUAUUACUUCGAUCAUGACGAGCAAUAGCAAUAGCAAUACCAAUACCACUACUUCUACUCCUGCCACUUCCGCCUCUAUCCCGCUAGACCUUACGAGUAGCAGUAGUGCUCCCCGCAGUCACAAUCGUCGCUACUUGUGUGCGGCCCCACGUCCGGAUCAGUACGACGAGCACGCGUCGCCAGUGUUGCAACGUCUGGGUCAUACCCGUGCAUCGCGGAAGACUUUGCUGGAAGCCACGUUGCGGGCCUUGCAAACGCGACACAAUCUGGAACGGAAAACUGGGCCGGGUAGAAAGUCGAACGCUGAGCACGCCAUUCAUUUUUACGAAUAUUUAUUGGAGUUGGUAGAAAAUGGCGAGGAGGAGGGUGAGGACAUCGGGGACGCCGACUCUAUUUCGAGCGCUAGUAAUAAGGAUGAAGCAGAGCACGAGAGAAAUGUAGAGUCUGUAAACAAAAAUACGCUCAAGGACGAGAAUAACGCGACCGAAGCACAAGAGGAUUCUGUCAAAUCGGAAUUAGACGAAGCCUCUUCAAUGGACACGGCAACCUUUGUGAAAGCUCACAACGACCUUUGCGAAGUGUGUGACGAAGCCGGCGAUUUGCUCAUGUGUGAAACCUGUAAUCUUGUCUUUCACGUUGCUUGUGUCCGUCCUGCCUUGGAAACGUUGCCGGAGCAAGAUUACAAGUGCGCGUAUUGUGUCCUGUCGACAGAACCGAAGAAUAGUAGACCACGUAAGCAGGCCGCCGCGGCAGUUCGGCUUAUGGCGCGUUUGCGUAAUCAGUUUCAACGAAACAAAAGACGUGGACGAAACGAUGCAGGAGACAGUAAACGCGACAACGAGGACGAGGACCAAAUCGUCAGCAGUGAUCUGGGCGACAAGCCUUCCGAAGCAUCAGGCAACGAGGAAAUAUCGAAGUUAGAGCCAUCGGCCGGAACGGAUGAGGAGAAAAGCAGUGAAGAAGAGAAAGACAAAACGAACGAUACUAAAGACACAACGAAAGAAAUAGCGGACCCACGGAAGGUGACAGAAGACAGAACGAAUAUAGAGGAAGCCACACCGCUUGCUUCCAACAAAAGGCGUAAGCUGGAGCUCUACAGGAUUACUGAUGCCUUUUCGACUCCUGAAAAUAUGGAAGACGGACGAUCUAAACGCAAUCGUAAGCAACCAAUGCUUUACGACCCUCAGGCGGGACCGGCUCGCAAGUGGCAAUCGGACGAACCUAAGUACUGGAAUUCUGACUCACAGUCAGACAAUUCGAUUUCUGGUGAAAGUGAAACCCGCGAUGCUGACGAAAAAGAUGCAUUUGGUACUGUCGUGAAAAAGGUAGGAUCGGCGCGCAAAGAAAACGGUGAGAUACACUGCAGCUUUUGUGAAGACGACCCUUUUAUCGAGCUAUGCUGCUUCUGUGGCUGUCGUGUAUGUUUUGGGAAGCAUCAUCAAUCAAAACUGUUGUUAUGCGACGAAUGUGACGACGAAUACCACACUUUCUGCCUUAGCCCACCGCUUAAAUCACUGCCAGCGUCCAAUGCAGAAUGGUUCUGCCCUUCAUGCUCCGUUAGCCAACAAAGACGACAGAUCACUACGAAAUCGCUGUCGUCACGUAUCGGGACCCGGGGUGCCAUGAGCAAGUCCCCAAGUCCAACACGUAUAUCCUCUCGCCAAGCCGCGACCAAAGCGUCGCACUCGACGUCUUUGACCGAACACGUUAAGCGCGGUCCAGGGCGUCCGCGAAGCAAGGAUCGAAUUCUUACAGUGGCCGUAGGCAAGAAGCGUGGACGACCGCCCAAGUCAGCAUCGCAAGGCAGCCCAGACAAGAAACGUGCAAAGACAGAGCCGACAACGAAACUUUCUUCACAGACACCAAAAUCGGAUGACGGGAAAGCACGGAGUAAGUCUUUGGUUGGCGCCGUCUCCGAUCAUGACCCGGUCACAGACUAUAUCAGCGCCACGGCUCCAAUACAAGAAGUGAAAAUUAGCCGAAGUGGACGUCCAGUCAAGCGGGGCAGUUUUCACGACGAAAUUGAACAGCGCGAGCAGCAUCUGAGAUCUGACCGGUCUCAUCCAAUAUCACCGUCGAAAGCUAUCACAAACCAGACAUCAUCUACUCCUGCCACCAUCCCAGCUGAAAUUAUUGAGGCCUCAACCAUAGCUGAUUCUGAAUCUGAUUCUUUGAAGGCCACCAAAACGACUUCUGUGUUACAGGGUAGUCAACAGGCUUCCGCAAACGCAACUGCACUGGAAAAUGCCUCUCCUUCUCCUGUAUUUUCGGAACCAGCGUCCCCGCCAGCGCCAAUGAACAAUAAAGCCAGCAAGGUGUCAGUGAAAGUUUCUGUCUCGAAUCCCACCCCAAAUGUGCAACCAUCGGUUCGAAUUAACACUGUUCCUUCUAUUGCCACUAUUCCUCCCAUGGUAGAGCCCACACCCGUGUCCGUGCCCCCUACAGCGAUGAAGCCAGUGUCAGCUCCGAUGUCUUCUUCCACAAGCACUUCGUUGCCAACAACGGGACAAUCUACACUUCUAUCACCCUCUAAAAUAUCGGAUCCCGCUCCUGCAACUAACAAUGUUGAGCCCGCUGCCGUUAUUUCAACUGCAGCCAUAACUAUGGCCAAAGCAGCUGUACCACAGCCGCUUACAGCUUCUGCCAGCGUACCACCGCCUAUCGCCCAAAACAAAGAAGUCAAGGUGCCUCGCCGCAAACCUGGAGCGCGAGAGUGCAUGCAAAUCUCUCGGCGAUUCGGUGUUAGAGCCAUUCCUCAAAAGUACAUGGAUAUUAUGACGGAUUAUUGCAAGCGCGGAAAAGUUGAACAUUUGAUUCGGAUGCGCGAGCGAUUGGACGAUCACUCCCGCUUUCUAGAAGCACAGUUGGCAGGAUUGGAGGCCUUGGUCCUGGAAAAGGGAGAAUCAAGUGUUGUGGUUCCUUCCAUGCCGUCAGGUCCUGAUCGCAAGCUAGAACGCACUUUGGGGACAGAGUAUGAUUUGUAA